AUGGAUGCAUCGCCGCUCGACGCCACCUUGCGCCACAAGUGGCAGUCGGACGUCGACGCCUCUGCGCGACGCUUUGUACUCUUUCACGUUCUCAUGGUGUUGAAGACCAAGUACGGCACGAUCGACGCGCGCAUCUCGGGCAUCGCCCGCCGCGCCGAGCUCGCGCUCUACUCCCGCGCCCACUCUAUGGACGAGUACCGCAACCCGCGCACGCUCUGCAAGCGUCUCCACGCGCUCAUCAUCAAGCUCUACGCGCAGCAGAGCGAAGCCAGCAAGAAGCGCAAGGCGCCGAUGAGUCCGACGAGCAGCCUC